AUGGCAGCGGGUGCCACCCAACGCUCCGAAGCCGGUGACAAGGACAUAUAUCGACCAGCUAAAGCAACAGACAAGAUGCCGCCUCUAGUUAACCAACCCACGGUCAAUCAAGCCACUUACUGUGCCCAGCAAGUGUUGGUGACGGCCGCCACGGUGACAAAUGCGCCUCUAGUCAUUCCCUUCCAGGCCAUGUAUGACAGAGCACCAAGUCCGGAUGAGAUUGAUGUCGGUGUCUCUGCCGCGGCUUUCAGUUUUAGGUUGUGUCAACCGAGAGAAAGCCUCAAUAUCACGCGGUACAGACGGAGCACGACGACUUUUACCUUGCUUGUGUGA